CAGGCAGUGGGUAGAGGGAGAGGCUGUUAAGUCAAGGCCAAGCCCUCGCAGGUGGAAGACAUCAUACUUCGAUAAAGGGGCAUUUAGAGAAGCGUUCCACCGUGGGCAAAACCUACUUGGUUUAGACGGCGACCAACUGGUAGCGGUGCUCUCGCGUGCGUGCGAUGCGACCAUGCCUAGGCGAGUCCACCUACAAAUGGGAGACCACCGACUUACUGGUGGACUCAAGCGAUUGGGGAACUGCGCCGCGCCUGCCUACGAAUUAGGUGGCGGAUGCAGCGAGCACGAUCUAAGGAAGAGAGAAACGAACGGCGGGUGGUGUUCGUCGCUGCAAAAGCUGCGCUGAAGACCGAGAUAAGGGCAAGCAAAAAGGCCUGCUUCGAGGGUCUCUGUCAGAGUGCCAAUGCAAAUCCGUGGGGUGAUGCCUACAGGAUCGUAAUGUCCAAGACGAGAGGUGUAAUGGCUCCUAUAGAGCAAUCUCCAAGAUGUUGGAGGAGAUCAUCAAGGGCCUUCAUCCGCGCCAUAAUCCUACUUCUAGGCCUCCUUUCGUAGAACAGCUGGAGACUGGGGCUGACGAUGAGGAGAGGAUCACCGAUGUGGAACUUGCGGGGAUAGCAAAAGCACUUAGCGUAGGUAUGGCCCCAGGUCCGGACGGAGUUCCGAACCUGGCUUUAAAACUAUUGCAAAGGCUCCUGAGAUGUUCAGGUCUGUCAUGCAGAAAUUCCUGGACGAGGGAGUUUUCCCAGAGGUUUGGAAGCGGCAGAGCCUGGUUCUAUUGCCAAAGGUGGGGAAACUAUUUUUGACAGAACAAUAUGCGUCGUUAGCCCUCGAGAUUCAGUUCCUUCGCAGGCUAUGUUCGAUCAGAGCCCCAGAAGAACUGUCAUCCGAAUAGUCGAAGGUACUUACCGAUUUUCUAACGUUGCUUACAUGGGUAUUACACGUUUCGGGUGGCGUGUCUAGUUUAAUAUUUGGGAUAUUUUCUAGUUGGUUCGAAUCCUGAUAAGGACAACUGGGUUGCAAUUUUCUUCAGAAUCGGCUAAUAUGCUUGCACCGAUGAUUGAGUGUUUUUUUCUUCUUCUUGGUGUAACGCCCCAAUUGGGACAAGUUCAAUUGUACUUCUUUAUGCUUGGACGCAACAUUGCAUCGCAACGUAGGGUUUCAUGACCAAAAAAGUGUAACUUUAAUGUGAAAAGGAGAUUAUUUAAACUUGAACUUAUUAAAACUUGAAAUCUAGAAAUAAAGAAAGUAAGAAAUAGCAUCCUAGCUACAUCACCGUACGGUAGAACUUGAGGGUCAACAUCGGUAAAUAAAGCGACCGGAUCGAACCGGAAUGCCAGUUGCGCAAAUGAGUUAUCUUGGAGAAGGCAGGUACCUAGUUGCUCCUCCGGCCAACCAUCGACCAGUUUACUUUUUUUUUUCAUUUUUAUUGCAAUCAGCAACGGCUGGGCUAGAGGAGUUCUGAUUUGCGCAACGCACUCAGCUGAUCGGCACGGUUUCCGACAAGUUCACCUGUCUAACCUACGUAAAAGGGAGCAAGGAAUAAAGAGCACCUCUAUGUGAAAAACUCGAUUGGACAUUUGCAUCAGAACAUUACAAAUGCAUAGACAAGAUAUUUCAAAACAUCACUCGGAUGAGCGAAAACAAUAUAAACAUUAACACAAUAUAACAUAAAUAUAAAAAUAGCAUAUUUAAUGAGUAUCUGGCGAAUAUUAAGGCACAGAAAAACAGACACAACACCUAGAACAAUUUUCGUGAAAAUCCAUCGCCCACUUCACACUACCAUCACCUGGUGGAAUUGUUCACGAAACACUGCGUUGUGCAAUAUCGUCAGCAGAAGGCGCUAGUGUGAAACGUCAAACGCAAAGAAAGACGAUGCCCGCCUCUGGUUGUGAAAGCUACAACUACAUAAGAUGAUUUAAAAUGAUCGUUAAAAGCGUGGUCGAUGUUACGUCUGUUUAUCUGUAUUUAAGGUAAAGUCGUUUUACUGUUGGUUUUACGGGUUUUACCCCCUAGCACAUUUUACACCGAUGCACUACUGUACCCAUAAACAGAAAGAUUACUGCUGAAAAUGGUCUCGCUCUGCGCGGAGACUUGUUUCAUAUGAUCUCUAUUUUGAUUCGCGGAUUGUCGCGUGCGGUCAACUUCAGGUAUAGGUACAGCGUCUACCGUCUAAUCUUGGUCGUGCGGCUGGGUGUGAAGAUUUGUAUGAUUAAUUGAUUUCCGUAAGUGCAACAAAUUGCAUAUACGAUUUGCAUUUGCAAACCCAGAUGUCCAGCAAACAGCUGAUUCUGUUUGGAAAAGGUUUAGAACCGGUUUGCUGUUGCAAGUGCGGCAUUUAUGGGCCGGUUGGUGACGGUGGAAUGUAACGUUGUGUUGAUGGCGCCCGAGCUGAAUUCAAAUGACGUUGAGAUGAGGUGAUGUCGACGCAAUUUGCAGUAAUUAUUGCCUGAGAAUAAUCAAAAUAUGCAUAUGAAGAGAUUAAGCUUGUUUGGUAGAAAUAUUGUUUUACAUUUUAAUUGUUUUAGUUACCAAGAAGCUCUGUUAAAGCAUGAGCAUACGCGCUGAAAGACCGUAAACUCAUAGUUACUACUACUCUGUGAUUGGCCGAAACAAUAGAAAUUACUCAGAGAACAAAUGAAUGGAGCUUCGGACUGGCUAACCAUUUCCAAUGUCCACACUUCGAGAUUUCACAACUUUAGUAAAGACGACGUCUCUAUUACGGUCUCCAUAACAACCAAAAAUCUCUGUUUUUACACGAUUGUCAUAGGAAGGAAUUAGUUCUCGGCUUUCAGUCAAAGAAAAACGCUGAUUUCAUCGCCAACGUUUCGAUCCAGAUCUUGGGAUCUUCUUCAGGGCUCGAAAUGAAUUAAUUUGAUCUUGUGUAUAUCCCACGGUUGAUUGUUGCGUUUUGAUUUUGCACUGCACAAAUCUCAUUUAUAGACUGUUUCAGAAAUUAUAAAUACACUAAUGAUUGACUGUCAUUUUAGUUUUAAAGUCACAUGCAGGAAAGUUCCUAAUAGGUCAUGUAGUAAACACUCUAAGGAUACAAAUAAUACCAUUUUUGUUACCAUUUCGUGCAAAAGAUAGAAAAUCGAGAUCUGUGAACCAAAGAUUAAAAAAUGAAAGUUGCACAAACCGGUCAUGAAAUAUAAGGCAGUGGAAUAUAAAAAAUCUCAAAAAUGAAACAUUUCUUUAAAAAACCUUAUGGAAAUAACUGCAUCGAUAAGAAAAGAUGUUUCUCUAUUAGCCAAAGUUAUUUUGGCCGGAAAAAAUUGUCAUGAAUCAUCAUUGAAAGCCUUCAUAAUGCAAGAAAAAAGUAGCAAAAUUUUGAACACCACUAGCUGAAACAAACGUAAAACAAACUAAUGCCUUAACAACUGUUCAUUACAUUCGCUUUGAUAGUGUGACAAGCAUUGCCAUCUGAAGGAUAGGAUGACCUGCAAAAAAAACUGAAUUGUAAUGAAAUGUGUUCAUAAACGCUGAGAAACUGUAUUGAAGACUUUACGAUGCUUAUAAAAACCUUGAAAAAAUAAGAAAGUUGAUCUUAUCAAAAUUCUAUGGAAAUGGCCUCAUGAAUUGUUCCCAGUUUUUGAUGACGGCAUUUCUUAGACAAGCUAUUGAGGUAGCGAAUGUGAUAAAGAGUAAGAUAUUUUUUUGGAAUUUAGUAAUAAAUAAUGUUGAAAACACCCUUGUGCAAAUGAAAUUUUCAAGCAUGAAGUAAAUAAUUGCAGAACUCGAUUAUUUUUCAAAAUAUCAUGACAGUUUACAUGAAAUGUAAAAAUGUGGAAUACAAUAUACUGUAUUGUGAAAACAAUUGGUUAAAAUCAUCAAACCACUUCUUUUUAUUAGAAAAAACAAAGUGUAGUUAUAAUUUCUGAAACAGUCCAUACAUCGCUGAUCAAACAUUACCUCUACAAAAAGGAAUUAGUGUUAGUAGGGUAGAGUACAUUGUCGAUUUUUGAGCCACCUAUGUUUGGUGAGAUGCUGGGUCAUUAGGCCGAAGGUCAUUAGGCCGAAGGCCAUUAGGCCGAAGGUCAUUAGGCCGAAUGGUCAUUAGGCCGAAUGGUCAUCAGGACGAAUUGAAAAUCAGCCGUUAUGAGCCUGUAAAGAGAUCUGUUGUUUUUACUUUUUGUAAAAGUUUUUUGCCGAAAACUACUUUAACAAUGAAACUAGAAAGAAUAGCCUAUGUUUUAAAGAAGGAAAAAUUUAUGAAUUGAAUAUCAGCAGUUUCUGCGCCAAAAACUAUUUUAGCAAUGAUACUAGAAAGGACAGCCUAUGUUUAAAAGAAGGAAAAAUUCAUGGGUAAAAUAUCAGUAGAUUCAGCAUCAAUAAAGUAUCUUCGUGCCUGUCACACGAUAUACACAUGCAAAAUGGUCAUUUGCCGAGGAAGCUCUCAGUUAAUAACUGUGGAAGUGUUCAUAGAACACUAAGCUGAGAAGCAGGCUUUGUCUCAGUGGGGACGUAACGGCAAGAAGAAGACCCAAUGUUCAUUCGGCCUGAUGACCAUUCGGCCUAAUGACCAUUCGGCCUAAUGACCUUCGGCCGAAUGGCCUGACACCGUUUGGUGUGUGAUCUGAUCGUGGAUCAAUCUACACUAAACUUCACACAUUACCGAUCACUUUCCCCUGAAAAAUUAAGCCUAACCCUUCAGGGCGCGCGCCGUUGUAAAAAGAAUAACAAUACCGAACAAUCUCACUGGUCGAAUAUAUCGCGAGCUCGGUCCAGUUUCAGAAUCAAACAGGCGCACAUUCUGAAUGAAUUGUGUGUCGCAAGUUUAUUUCAAGGAGAUUAAAGCAUGCUUUGCAUAAGAACGGACGGGAAACUUUUUCAAGGCGUCUAAUUUUACAUAUUUUUUGCGUUUCAAUUUAGAAAUUUUAUUAUUCUCCAUUUCAAGUUGUGUUUUUGGUAAAAGUUGAUUAAAUAAAGUGUGCUCCGAGUAAAAAGUGUCGUCUGCACGAUAUCAAACUGUAACUGAAUGCCGAAUGGCAGCGCCAUACCGAAGGAAAGAGUACCUAAACUCCAGGACGAAAUCGAACGCCUCCACAUUCCAGAUCUCCCAGAAGCUCCUGGAAUACCAGGAUCUCGCCGGACAAGCUACUGGCGUCCGAGGAAGUUCGUAUGGACAUCAGUUUUCAUACGUCCUCGAGUCGCACUUCUUCAAUAUCACCCUGAAAGGCGUAAUGCAACGAGCCGGGCUCAAAAACCCGGUCGAUUUGUGUGCUUUGCGGACGACAUGAACAUUAUUGCCAGAACAUUCGGAUCGGUGGCAAAGCUAUACGCGAUCAAUUGAAACGUGAGGCAGCAAAGUACAGAACAAAGUACAUGCUGGCAGCCGGAACCAUACGCUACAGGAUCCGUCUAUUGUAGUAGGCUAGAAAUCAAAGAAUUGAUCAUAGCAAUCGGAAAUUAAUAAACGGUCUCUUUCGGCACUGACAGUCAAACAGUCAACAAGUGUUUUUAUUCAGCUCCUACAUUUGGCGUACGAGUGAUUGGUGAUUUCUUUUCUGAAGCUUGAAAAUCUAGGACCAGGUCGGCGUUUCCUUCCCGCGGUAAUCAACCACCACAUUUCGGAAUAUGGCAUCGGUAAAGUAUAAAUUUCAAUCUUUUCAAUGUGUGGUGUUAUUUUAUCAAUCAAAAGUGCAUCUGUGACCGCAAAUAGUGAACUGUAAAAGUGGAAUACUUUCUUCCAUAUCGUCGACGUUGCAGGCGGAGUAGGGAAUCUAUUCCCUCGUGCAAAAUAGCGACAUGGAAAGUAUUUCAGCUUUCGUGUUCAGAAACAGCACUUUCGGUGUGGGAACCGUGAGUUCCAGCCCACCGGGAGAGGAACAAGUGAAGGGAAUCAUGAAUUCCAGUUCGCUGUUCCACAGGAAUUAUAGGAGGUUCGAACAACCUUAGUCUAAUUCCAGAAAGAAACGUAGGGAACUUUCCGGUAGUUCUAGUCCGUUUCUGCAUUUAAGUAUAGGGGAUUAAGUUAUCCUAGUCUGCUUGGAGAAAAAUAGAAAAACAAACAAACCGGAAAAUUAGUUUCUAUGGAAACGAAACAGUUACUAGAUUGCGUUCACAUUUUGCAGAAUUUUGAAUUUGAAAAUAAACACCCUGACAUAAAUGCAGCCAUGGUAACCACACAACAAGAUGUCUUAUAGUGACCAGAUAUGUGUUAUAUUCCAGUUGAACUACAAUAUUUCUCCCUUUUGUGAAUCUGGUGUUGGCCUCAUCAGUUCUCGUUGGGAAGAAUGGAGGGAUCAAUUUAUUGCGUACCUUGACUUGAAGGGAAUAUCUGACGUUGAGGAGAAACACAAAGCACUGCUAUGCUUUGGCGGACCUGAUGAGAGAAAGAUUGCUAAAGAUGUAGCCGUAAGCGGGAACCUAAUGGAUAACGCUUAUCGAUCAGUAUUGGAGGCACUGGACAACUACUACGCACCUCGGAUGACCUUACGUUAUGAACGGUUCAAAUUUCGACAAAUGACUUUCAACCCUAAAAAGAAGCUGGAUCAGUUUGUCGUGCGUUUGAGAGCUCAAGCUGCCGUUUGCAGUUUCGGAGAUCAAAGUGAGGACAUGAUAAUGGAUCAAAUAGUGUACGCGACUCAAACGGAUGAUAAACUACGGUCCAAAUACUUAGAGGUUGACACGAGCUUGGACGAAAUGUUGAAAAUUGGACGCACGCAUGAAACCGUUAAUAAACAGGUUCAAGAAUUUCGUUCCAACCCACUUGACAGCGCUGAGAUCAAUACGGUGGAUCAGUCUGUCAAACGCACGAAACCUAAACUGACCUGUGGCAGAUGUUUGGGAAACCACCUGGCUUCCGAUACGAUAUGUCCAGCUCGAGAAUCGCAAUGUAACCGGUGCAACAAGAAAGGCCAUUACGCACGAUGUUGCAGGAGUGUGAAGAAUCCGGUUCAAAACCAUCAACCAACGUCGAGCAACCGGAAGCGUCAAGUACAUGAUCGAGACCAUGGAAAUCGUUGUGAUCAAAAGCCGAAAUUCGUACGAGAAGUUGAUGACGUCACGAAGACAGCAGAAAUCCGUGAGCUGUUCCAUUUGAACGGAAAGCGUACGACGAUCUUAUCGGUCGGUGGAGUCAAUCUGCGGUUCAUUGUUGACACCGGCGCAGAUGAGGACGUGCUUAGUAUUGCAGAUUGGACGACGUUGAAGCGGAUUGGGUUCGAGGCGUUUGCAAUUAGGAAAGAAAGUUCGAAGAUUUUCCAAGCUUACGGAACGAAGAAUCCAUUGACUGUACUAGGAGAAGUCGACGUGAUGCUGAGAACAGGAAAUGAGUCCUGUCGCACAACGUUGUUCGUGAUUCAAGAUGGUAAGCAUUCGCUGCUCUCCGGACGCAGUGCAGAGACACUUGGCGUGGUUAAGUUUCUGCGGUCAGUGAGUGACGAUACCUUUCCGGCUAUCAAAGACAUGUGUGCAUCCAUUAAAAUAUAUACAACUGUGCCACCUGUUAUACAAAGUUAUCGUCGCAUACCAAUUCCUUUGGAAGAAGUUACUAUAUUAAAACUGAAAGAAUUGGAACGUCAAGGCGUAAUUGAACGAGUGUAUGAGGCAUCAGAAUGGGUAUCGCCUAUGCUUGUUAAGCGGAAAAAUUCGAAUGACGUGCGAAUUAUAAUUGCCCUUCGCGAAGCCAACAAAGCUGUUGUAAGAGAAGUCCAUCCACUUCCUACAAUGGAACAAAUGACGGCUAAAUUGCGAGGGAGCAAAGUUUUCGGGAAACUUGAUAUUAAACAAGCGUUCCAUCAACUUUUGUUACGAGAAGAUUGCCGAUAUAUAACAACCUUUAUAUCGCCACUGGGUAAGAACAAUUGUUGAACAUUAUCGUUAAAUUUUAAAACAUUCUAAAACAAAGCAUAUAUUGGAUAGGUUUAAUGCGAUACAAACGAUUGGUAUUCGGGUUAUCAGCAGCACCAGAACUUUUCCAGAAAUGCAUGGAAACCAUAUUAGCAGACUUUCCAUGGAUUGUGGUUUUCAUAGACGACGUCUUAAUACAUGCUCCGGAUGAA